AGUCGCCCCUCUUUGCUCGAGGACGCCCGGCUGGGCCGAGGUUUCCAGGCACCGCGGUCAUUCCACAGGACAAAUUACAUUUCCUGUAUUCUGCGUUGCGCGACGCGGUCGCCCUCAGCACCCUGGCCUCUGAGCCGGUUUGCCAGCGUCACUUUGAGAGCGCUCAGUGCGAGACGAGCGCCGACGCAGGUUGCCAUCAUAUCGAACGUGUUCUGACUCGCCAUCUGGAGUCGGUACAAUUGCAAUUCUGUUCGUCGGUGUCUAGCCAUGUCUGUUUCAGCCGGGUGCUCAGCGUGAGCCUGGUGCGUUUCUUGGUGGGUUCGCUCAUCGGUCGUUUUUCUUAUCGACUUGCACCGCCAAUGGCUCAUUCUGCACAGGUCUUCGAGCAGCAGUCGGCCACUGAUCUCAGGAAUGGGCCGGCGACACCUUCGACCCCUGCCCGCUCGAAGCCGCCCGGUUGAUUGCCCGGCGGUCGUUGCUCAAGCACCGGGCCUUUUACUUCUGGCGUGCGCUGGCCGUCGUGCCCCAGGUAGAUACGCACGUGCGGCCUGGGGCCCUGCUGGACAUCAAGAGGGGGGACCUGCUGCCUCCCAUGCGGCAGCGUUGAUCUCGUCACGUCGACUGGGGCCUGGCCCCAUCUCCGAGUACGAAGGCAGGAAAGACAAAAUGGGGGAGCAGGAUGAGACGCUGAUCAUCGGCAUCCUCGACCGUGCCAUCGUGAAAGACGUGGCUGUCUUUCUUUAUGGCUCUGCGCACGACGGCGAACGGGUCUUCCGACAUCUGACGUUGCCAUUUUUCGAGAAAGCCAUCAAGGAGGUUUUCGAGCCACUCGAGCUUCAAGAUCUUAGGAUCGCGCCGCAUUGUUUUCGACACACUGGCCCUUCGACGGACGCCUACAUGAAAGCUCUCAGCUUCCAGCUGAUCCAGGUUCGCGGCAAGUGGAAGUGCCCAGCCUCGGCGAGGUGAUGCGAGAAGCAUGCCACUCUCCUUCGGCAGUUGCACAAUGUGACAGCACGCCAACGGCGUGAAGCGAUCGCUGCUGGCCGUCAGUUCCCCAACCUGCUCAAGAAUCCCUUUUCGCCAGAAUUUUUGGAAUCGCCAACCAGCUACCCCGCCACCUCCCUGGCCACAACGAUGCGCAUGGGAAGUUUCAUCAACAGUGCUCGGUCGCAUGCGAAGCGCUUCGAAUUUCUCUGUCAACCAGCUGCGGUUGGAACUACGCUUUUGCGUCGGCUUUGCCACUCCACCGCUUUCUUGAAGCCCGCCUAGAGACACGGUUCGCAUGUGAGUUUGUACGCGUUCUCCGCAGAUGAUGAAGGCUUUGGACACGUCGCUACCCAUUUGGUCGCGUUUGCGGUCGCCCCUCUUUGCUUGCCUCCCUGACCCCGCCUGCCACCCUCGUUCAGAGGUCAGGGGUACCCUCUAAAAAGGGAAGCUGCAUCAACAGUGUGCGGUCGCACGCGAAGCGCUUCGAGUUUCUCUGACAAUCAGCUGUGGUUGGAACUACGCUUCGCCUUGUUUGAAAACGAAGUUCCUUA